UUGAGGUCCAAGCUACAGAAGGGUACCACAGAGAAUACUGUGGAUAGACUGGUGCAGGUUUACGGGAGAGACGGUGCUGUGGAGACUACAGUGGACAUUCUCUAUAGUAUGACUCAAAAUGACCUUGCAUUCAGGUUAACUCAAGCCGUAAUAGAAGCAAAGGAGAAACAGCAACCGAAUGAGCCAUCCACCGCCACUGUGAGAGAGAUGCAGAGAGAUGCAAAUUCAACUAUCACUAAGGAUCUUUCUUGUCCAACGAACCAUAAACCAUCAAUAACUUGUACUCCGGAGAGUUUGAGUGUAUCCAAUGGAGGGGGGAAUCAUUUUGAGCCAUCAGCAGGACACAGCAAUGAUUUAAAGUCAAAUCAGUUACAGACUCCUUCCAGGACCAUCAGACUGAAGCGGGAAGCUUUUGAAAAGGUCAAACAGUUUUGUGAUUCAUCUGUUGAGUACAUUAAGAGACAGAGACACGACACAGAGCAGAAGAUUAGGGAUGAAUUUUGGAAGCUUCAUCAGUCUCUCAAGACUGAAGAAGAAUCCAGAAUAACAGAAUUAAAAAAAGAAGAGAAUCAGAAGAUUCAUAUGAUGGAGAAGAUCACAGAGAUCAGCAGAGACACAUUCUCACUCUCUGACACUGUGAAAGACAUGAAAGACUUGAGGGCUGAUGACUUGUUCAUACAGAACUUUAAGACUGAAAUGGAAAGAGCUCAGAACGCACUGCCAGAUCCACAGCUACUUCCACAAGCACUGAUAGAUGUGCCUGAACAUGUGGAAAACCUUCAGUUCAGAGUUUUGGAGACGAUGCUGAGCAACGUAAAACACACCCCUGUGGUUCUGGACCCCAACACUGCAUCUCCAUGGCUCUCUCUGUCUGAUGAUCUGACCAAAGUGACAGUCACUGACACCUGUCAGGAGCGUCCAGGAAACCUACAGUGCAACUCAAGUUAUCCACACGUUCUGGGCUGGGAGGGCUUUGACUCAGGAAAACACUGCUGGGAGAUGGUGGUAGGAAAUCAAGCCAAAUGGAGACUGGGAGUCACCGAGAGGGCCAAAGACAGGGGGGAUGAUGAGAUGUGGUCAACUCCACAAAAUGGACUCUAUGUUAUUAUGAAAAGCAAGAGAGGGUAUACAGACAUCAAGGGCAAACUCCUAAAAUCAGCAACGAGACCCAACAAGAUCAGAAUAGAACUCGACUACGAAAACGGUACAGUGUCAUUUUAUGAUGCUGAUAACAACACACUAAUAUUGACCUAUGAGGAGACAUUUACUCAGAGGCUGUACCCAUAUUUUGCUUUUGUUAAAACUGAUGAUGACGACAAUGAUGAGGGGGUAAAAAGAAAGAGGAAGAAAGUGGACAGUAGUGGAGGCUUUAUACAGAUCUGUCAGUCAAAGGUUUCUCUCACAGUGACAUAGCUGCAGAAAGUAGCUGCUUCAGAUUCAGAUACAGUUUGCCAUUUAUACCUUCAUUACAACUAGUCUGCUCUAGGUCUAGUUCUGGAGCUUCAGCUAUCUUGUUGCAACACACCGCCUCACACCACUACAAGCAAAUUGUCUGCCGUCACUCAUGUUGCCAGACUGGGCGAGAUAAGGUCAAAAAAAUUCAUUCUCAAUUUUAUAUCUUGUCUCAGUUUAUAUGAAAUCCUAUUUUCAGUAAAGGCUAGUUUUGUACUAUACAUCUGUCUGUGUGGAGUAAAUGUUCUCUUGCCUCUGACAUUGGAUCAGACAGGGUUAACAAAGGUGGUGGCAGUUCUAAACUACUCUGAGUUGUUAACAACUAACAUUUAUUACAGUAUUAAUAGUGCUAAUUAGCAAAUGUUAGCAUUUAGCUCAAAGCACCGUACACAGUGCUAGCGUGCUGAUGUUAAGCAGGUAUAAUAUUUAUCAUGUUUUCACUGUCAAAUUGGGGAAGAUGUUUUCUGAAUUUGCUUGUGUUUUGUCUGGUUGUGUUUUCUUAACUUGCAGGGCUCUGACCUCUCUCGAUCUCACAGAGCUGCUAAUAUGAUUGCAGACCCUUGUUUCUUAACAAACUGAAGUAAAGCUUUGUUAAUCUUUAUUCAUCUUAAAAUUUCUGUUAGGUUUCAGUGUUUUCAGACCUUUUUGGAUUUGGGUCAAUGCUUGUUGUGAAGCUGCCUAUGUAUGGGCACAUCUUACUAUCUGAAUAAUGCGCUAUUUAAAUAUCUGUAAAAUACUGCACCACUGACCUUUUAGACCAGGUUUCUGUUGGUCAAUGGCGCAAUAAUUUUCUGUUACUUCAAAUCAGAAAUAGGCCAACAAUGUGCCUGACCACACCUCAUUUAAACGCCUACAUGUCCUGGGGCGAACAGAUGGGCGCAUCUAGUACAUUUGCUAAAGGCAGAAUUUAUACUUCUGCGUUGAGCUGAUGCUGUACCCUACGCUGUAACCUGAUGUGCACCUCCCCAGAAAUGUAACUACAUGUCACAGUGACACAGACGUCCUGUCUGUUUCUGUAAGCUGAAACCAUUUCCCUCAGUGGAAACAAAGCUUUUAUUUACUUUAAUUUCACAGAUAAGAAACAAUAAAUUGUGAAGACAAUAAAGCCUCCACCAAAAUAGCAUUUUAAGUCUUGUGUGAUUUAUCCUGGCUUCAUAUGAGCAGAGGAAAUCUCUGCUCGUCACUAAGCUAAUUUAUACAAUGUAAAA